CAUUCUACCGGGUCUAAGCUCAUUUCUUUUCCAAUUUCUAAUACGGAGUAUUAACUAUUUAUAUGCUUCUCGACUCCAGCCAGAGGGGUCAAAGCCGUCAAACAUCUAUCGUUCAUAUUUCAGAAAUUAGAGUCGUACUUUCUGCGGAGAGCGCUUAUCAAAUCAAACCCUAGCAUCUACGCCACAUCCUCUCCUUCCUCGAUUUCCUGCCAAAAUCAGAUCUUGCUCCUGAACUCUUUUGUUUUAGGUUAAUAGCGUCCAUGGAUCCCAGAGAAAGUGAAAUGAACCAGCUUACUCCUCCUCAGAUGGGUGGAGAGAAUGACACAUCAAGCUUUGAUGAUGGGGAAAAUGGAUCGAGGAAGAGAAGGUCGAGUUCCAAGCAUAAUUCCCAUGAGUAUGAGCGCGAGGAGACCUCAAGAAGCAAGGAUAAAGAAAUAGACAGAGGACGUGACAAGGACAGAGAUAGAGAUAGAGAAAAAGAGAAAGACAUAGACAAUGAUCAUGAUCGUCAUCGUAGAGACCGAAGUGAGAGAAGGAGAGAUAAAGAUGAUGAUGCAGAAGUUAUUAAUGGUGAUUAUCUUAAGAGCCGAGACCAUGAUAGGCACAGAGAUAAGGAUGAAAGCCAUAGAUCUAAAUCCUAUGACAGAGGGGAAAGACGGAGACAUAGGUCCAAAUCUCUUGAAAGAAAUAGGGAGGAAAGACAUAGACAUAGGUCCCGGUCCCAUGAGAGAGGUAGAGAGGAAAGACAGAGACGUAGGUCCAAGUCCCAUGACAGGGAAAGAGAGGAGAGACAUAGACGUAGGUCCAAGUCCCAUGACAGGGAUAGGGAUAGAGAGGGAAGACAUAAACAUAGGUCCAGGUCCCAUGACAGGGAUAGAGAGGAAAGGCACAAGCACAGAUCCCACUCCAGGGGAGGAUCUGGACUUAAGUCAAAGUCAAAGUCUCCAUCUCCUAUUCGAUCUCGAUCCCGAUCUCGUUCUAAAAGGUAUGUUGCUUAUUAGUUGUUGAUUUAGCGUAAUUAUUAGUUGUAUCCAAUCUUUCAUUGCAUAUUAUCAAUAAAUAAAAAACCAAUAAAAAACAAUAAGUGUCUGG